AUGGACAUCGCUACCUCAUCGACGAGCCAUCUAUCGGCUCUAGAGACGGCUAGACCUGCCCCGAACCUCUCCAGCAUGCCGACUGAGAUCCUCAUCAAGAUCAUUGACAACCUUGUCCCCAUCGAUGCGCAACCAGAUAGAUCGGGCUGGAUCUUGAGACUGGACAAAUACCUUAAAUGGUGGACAUCCCAAGGUUUGCCCAAACCGCGGAUACGAGACGAGACCGAAUUGUUCGCACUCUUUCGCUGGUACACCCCAGAGGUUGGCGGACUUCUACUUGUGUCCAGAGAUUUUGCCGACGCCACAGUGUCGGUCUUGAAGCGUCGGAGGGAAGCAACUCUGAUGCCGUCAUGGUACAAAAGAGUGCAAGGACGGCUUCGUGCUGCCAUGGCGAAGUGA